UUUGGCUGUCAAAGGAUACCAAAACAUCGCCAUUGAGGGCACCCCAGGGACCAAGACCGUGGUGACGGCCAGCAAAAGUCACGACAAACCGGUUAUCCACCCACCCACACCUCCGAAUCGUCAGUGGCCUUCUUGCGACAUUGCUCUCGUAACGCUUGGGGAGCGCCACCGUGGACACUCAGGGUACCGUGUGCAUUGGCUGUUUGGACACGCAGCGGCUUGUACCUCCCCCUUCGGUGGUCGCAGACCCAUCCGUCCAUCCAUCCAACCACCCAACCACCCAACCACCACCCCAUGCAUCCACGGCUUCCGCUGCUGGCUUCUUCUGCCGGACACCGGGACCUUUAGCGUUUUUGGGGCUCAUCAAGACCCGCCGAGCUUCUUCUGACACACGCAAAAGGGAACCAGGUCGAGGUACCCUGCCACCCGAGACUACUCGUCGCGGUACCUGUAUCAUUGGCACCACAGUGUACCCAGCGCCCGUACCUUGUCUUACUCUUCAUCUAUAAUCCUCUCCCCACGCUGCCCCAGUUCGAAAGCCCUCUUUCCUGUCCUGCCCGUCUAUUCUUCUUCUCCAACGUUGUCCAAUCCCGACUCUUUUGCUUUCUCUUUACUGCUUUGCUCUGCAGGCUGCCGACUCGGCUCAGUAUGAUUAUCAACGGUGAAAAGUACGCCUGCGAGGCCUGCGUUCGCGGUCACCGUGUUAGCAACUGCCAGCACUCGGACCGACCCCUUCAGCACAUCAACAAAAAGGGACGUCCUAUUUCGCAAUGCCAUCACUGCCGACAGAUGCGAAAGUCGCGCGCCGCUCACAUCAAGUGCGACUGUGGAGAGAAGACGAGUAAAUGCGCUCACUUGCAGCCCACCGUCGAGGGACACACGGGUAAGCUGCACUUUGGCAUCGAUGCCAGGAUCAAGACCGCCCAGAGUAUGUCUAACGGGCGCCUUGCCGCUACAGAAACGUGCUGCUGCAACCACGGUGGACGCUGCACUUGCGCUCAUAAGAAGGAGCCCAGCCUGGGCACGGUGCCCGAAUCCGACUCGGAACGAGAAGCCCUGGCCGCCGAUGCCGCCGCUCGACCCAAACCUCCCGUGCGAAGACGACGAGCCAACACCGUCCACUCGGAAGCUGGACUUACCUUUGACCAAAAUGGCAACCACAAGCCGGUUACCAAGCACAACCGUUGCGGCCAAAAGACAGACGCCUACCUGAGCCGCGUCAACUCAGUAACCAGCGCCGGUAGUCUCGGUUCCAGCGAGGACAUGAUGUUUGGUGAGCAAGAUGCUCUUCCAUCGACAGAAACAAAGGAACAGCGCCGAGUCAAGUCGGAAGCGGCUUCGCCCAUGCUGUCGAGCUCAGCCUCGAGCUUCGCCCACCUCAACGGCCUUCCCCCAUUGGACCUGUCCCGAAUUGACUACCCUUCGUACUCUAACGACAAAUCCUUUGACCUCUUCCCUGCGGGUAUGGGUGAUGACGGCCCCAUCUUUAGCGCUGGUCUCAGCGCCGCAUCAGUGGACUGGAGCCACUACGACUUGAGCGAAAGCAAGACGGGCAGUUUUGCGCCGUCAAGCUACAGCCAGACUGGAGCCCAGAGCUUCAAUGGCAUGUUUGAGUUUGGCAGUGGUAGCGAGCAGCUGCCUACUCUUGCCAACACAACGUCGACGUCCGGUGACGUCUCGGAAGCCGAGGACUUCAUGUCUGGCGCUGAUGGCGACGUUGAGGGUUUCCUGCGCCAAAACAUGGAUCUUUCCAGCAUUGAUUAUGACAGGUUCUACAAGAAUGCUGAGCAAGACACCAUGAUUGGAUGCGGCGGAUCGCUGGUCGAAGAAGACCCGGCUUUCUGGAUGCCCAAUUAUAAUGAGAACAGAACAACGGCAGACGAGACCUCGGACGCCCUUGGCGCCGCUGAUGUUAACAGCUUCUGGGAAAUGUAACCAGCGUCGCUUCGUUUUUUUUUUUUGCUUCUCGUCUUUUAUUUUUUCAACACAUGCAUCUCCAGGCGGUGCCAAGAGAACAACCUUUCAUUCUCAUUGAAUUUGGUCGUUAUACCCUCGCAAUUGGAUGGGAGAAGAAUUCGCUUUGUUUAGCGGAUUGGCGUUAUGGCAUUCAAUUAUUCUAUUUUGGGGGAUGGGCUUUCUGGCCCAUCUUCUUUUCCAACCUCAAAAGUUACCUUGCUCUCGAUCGGCUAUGCAAGCUAGUCACGGGUCAACGUUUUCAGGCAUAAGCAUACUUGCAUCGAUAUUAUAGACCAUUGGCUCGUGCAGCCGAUGACUGGUGGUCUGGGCAUGUGAAGAGCAGCGGCGGCACGGAGCUUUUUUGCGAACCAAUGUGCGUUGUCUGUUUAUUCUACCAGACUAUACCAGAACGAUUUUUCUUAUUUUCUAUUGUUAUUUUUUUUUUCUUGUUGAUUAUAGACUAUUUGAUGGGCACUGUUUGAGCAUGCCCUGGCUUGGCUGUGGGAAGUUUUACAAUUGGAGUAGAGGCUGGCGCGUGGACUUUUUAUUGGGAAACAAUAUCUUUUUUUUUCUUGCACAUUUAGACAACGAGUAUCCAAGGGAUAUUUUCUAUUGCUUUCUUUUUUCACUCUUUGCUUGCUUCAUAAUGGUUUGGUAUGCAUGUGUUUCUCCGAUGUGCCAAGCAUAAGGGGACAGACGCAGAGCAACCUCAUCAGCCGCACAUACAGGAUGCAUAGCUGGAUCCGGCCUGGGAUCCGUUUCAGUACAGCUUUCUACAGUUUUAUGAAAUAUAUGAUGGCUACUAUUCUACUGGGGACGCAAUCCCGGCAGUGAUUUUAACAAGGCAUUCUUUUUUCCUUUUCCGAGCGGAGGUGAACUGAACACAUAUGCGCAUGCAACCAACGCCGUCGCAGCAGAUGUCACGGUGGUUUGGGUGCUAGGACACGGUUGAGAUUGGCCAGCCCUGCUGUGACGCUUGCCCUGGGUCUCUUUAAUUUCGGAGGGGACCCUGUGCCUAUUUUCCUUUUGAUUUCCUUCGCCGUGUUCCAGAAGGUCAAGCCAAGAAGCCCUGUAAGCCGCGGCGCUCGCACGACUCAGGCGCCCGACUGCGGCUUUGGUUCAUGGGAAGCCCUGGGCGAGCCACUAUGCCUGCAACUCUGAGCGAGCUGGCUACGCUAGCCGAUUGAUUGAUUAAGGAAGGCGGCGGCUGUUUGUAAAAUCAUUCACCCAGAAAAAAAAAUGGACAUUUCCGUUUCUGUAGGGCAAGGCGAGGGCUCCGUUCUCAGCUGCAAAAGCCAAAAAGCCCGAAUACCGGGAAGCACCGGGAACAUACGGCCCAC